UAGACAGUAGAUGGCGCAGUUUAUUGUUGAUUUCGUUCAAAAUGGCGGCCUGUAAUGGGCACUACGGGGUAAUAUUGUUCAAUUCCCCGCGAUAAAUGAGCCUAUGCAAAAUUAACUCGCCACAGUGUAUGUGCGAGUACCGAGUCUAGGGUGUAUCCGGAAUGUACACUUUUCUUCGAAUGGUCAAAUCAUGUGAGCGCAAUCACAGCGCCAGCCGAUCGAGUGUCGCGCAUUGGCCAAGUUUGUGUAGCCAUAUUUAUUGUGUUAUUCGGCAAGACGUUAUACUAUCUUAUACACCGGCAAAUGUAAUUGAUAUCCAAGACAUAUGGCUAUUUAUUAUUAAAGGUAAAAUCAUCGCUUCAGCAUUCGUUUUUAAUAAAAAACGUGGCGAUUUCAUUACCCCUGAUGAAUGAAAAGCGAUUACAUGAGUAUACAUAUAAAACAUUUAAGGACCUUAGUACAAUAGGACAUGAAAAGACGCUACAUUGAGUUCUUUCCGAUUCUUCAAAAGCGGCGCACAUUUGUUGUUAGUUUCUUUUUAGACCACUGUUUCUACAGUUCACAAAGGGUGAAACUUGUGCAAUGCAUUAAAGUUCAUAUCUGUUUCUCUUGUUAUCCUUAGUAGCACACAUUGUGUUGUGCGAUGCAACGAGGAUUUCACGAAAAAAAAAAGAUGGAGGAACUAUUAUAUCAUAUUGUCAGUCCUAAUUAUUGGAUAAAGGUAUAUAGACUAUAUAUACAGUGAAAAAGUUUUUGGUAGUUUUUUUCUGUCAAUAUACAAGAAAUAGACGUACAAAAGAUUUGACAAAGAGUUGUGUUAUGAAUGUCAGUAACUAUAUGUGUAACAUUUCUACACACAAAGGCCUGCUGUACGUGGACCAAGCAGGCUAGGCACUACUGUGCCAAGCUUGGGUAAUGGAUCCCGUUCGUCCGUGGUAUGCAUCAUAUAAUCGUCUUACUGCAAGUAGUGCUACCAGUACAUUUCAAUCAACGACUUCAAGCACAAGCAGUGAUUUUGUGUCUCAUCAUUUAGCAACAGCUGCUACUCAAGCAGCUCCUUCAACAACAACGUCACAAUUACUUUUACAAGCUGCUCAUACAACAGCAACUCUGGCGGGUCAGCCAUCUCCAUUUAACCCAGGGGGGUUUUUGUCUCCACCCCCUGUGGGAUAUGAUGUUUUUACACCAUUGUUUCAUCAUCCUAAUCCUAAGCAAGCACAUUAUGUUACUCAACAUAGACAAGCUCUUGCUCAGGCACAAGUGUCAGUAACAAAACAAAAUACUACAACAGAAUCUGAUAUUCCUGUAUUAAGAGAAAAUUAUAGUUCAGCACAUCAACCAACGUUUUUUGAACACCAGGGUGCAGCAACGUCACCCACAACAUCUACAUUGGCUUGGACUCAUCAGAACAAUACACAAUUACCUAGUCCAUUUGGUAUUUUGCCUCAUGAAAGUGUUGUUCCUUCAUCUCCAGGACCAUCUACCACAAAGCCAGCUAGUGGUGUUUAUGAAAAUACGUUUAAUUCUCAAUUUGCUACAACACAAACUAUAAAUAAUUUAAAUUCUCAAUUAUCUACAUCUUCUGUUCCUGCUGCAGAUUUUAAAUCAUCUAAUUUCCCAGAUAAUAAAAAAGCAGUAAAUGUAAGGCCUCAAUCACCAGCAGUAAAUGUGAAAUCAAUAGUAUCUACAUCACAAACAAACAGCAAUCAAAAUUUCUUUCAAUCAGUACCUACUACAUUUAGUUCCGAAACGUUAGCAAAUAAUUAUUCCACUGGAAAUGGAAAUCAAACUCCAAAUGGGAAAGUGCAACCUACUCUUCAACAUCAACAAUCAUGCAUUGUUUCAACUACAAAUAAUGCAACCAAUAAAGAGUAUAGAAUUCCUCAACCACCUGCUAGGUCAGUUGCAUCAACGACUAUAUUUUUAAAUACGUCUGUCAGAUCUGUGUCUUCUCAAAUUCAAGAUAAACAGUCCACACGAAAUUUUGCUUCACCUCCAAAUAAAGCAACUUCUACAUCUCAACAGAACAUACAAACUAAAGCACAGACAAAAAUUUAUCCAGAAUUAAAUACACACAGUAGUGAACAUAGACGAAACGAACAAACAUCUCAUGAUAAUACUCAAUCAUCUCCUAUCAGCUUUUCCAUCAUGGAUUCACGUGGUUUGAAUUAUACUGCUGGGAAUAAUACAAAUUGUACAAACACUAGUGGAAAACUCAAUAAUAAUCAAAGAACUCAAUCAAAUAGCAACUUACAGACUCAUUCUCAACAAUCACAACAACAACAGCAAUUUCAUGUUUUAAGCCAACAACAACAGCAGCAGCAACAAACAUCAUAUAGACAUUAUCUAACAGGAUCUACAACUGAUCCUGAAUACCAUCACUCAGGAAGAUCAAAAUCUGCAACUUCCACUGAUUCUGCUUAUUCGUCUAAUAAUUCAACACAAAAUGGACCUGAUUGUAGUGUUGUUGUACCGAGAAGGCCAAGUCCAUUGCAAGCGCAUUCGCAAGCAAGUCCAUUAGGACAUGUUCCAAGCCCUGCUUAUCCUAUGUAUAAUAGUCCAAUGGCUACUAUAUCUUCUCCUUCACCUUUACAACAACAUACAGAAAAUGGAAAUCAAUGUUCAAGUGGACCACCAUAUAAAGGAACUGUUCAACAAGUUACCCCACCAUCACCAUUAGAUGUUACUGUACCACGACCGGCGUCUCAAGGUCAAGUUGUUUAUUCAUCAGUUAUUACAAGAGCUUUAGGUACUGCUGAAAAUAAAACUAAUUAUAACACAGAUAGCAAAAAUUAUGAUAGACAGCAACAAGAUUUUUCACAAACUCAAAAACAAAUUUGUUGGGAAAACGAUAAUCGACAAGCAAAUAGUCAUAGAAAAUUUUCUGUUACUCUAUAUACUGGUGGAAAUUCUGAAGUAAAUCCUCAAACCUUGCCAGUUCAACAUCAAGUACAACGAGUGUUAAAUGUUUCUGAUAGACAACAAUCAUACUUUGACUCCAAUCAAGUAACUCUACAAGAUUUAAGUAGUUGUAGGGGAGAUCCUAUGAGUAUUGUAAAGAAUUUGCAGACAUUACAACAAGGUUCUUGUCAAGUACAACAACAACAACAAGCUACUGUGUCUGUUACUCCAACCGAACAACAAAAGCAAGUAGAAGAACGACGCAAAGUAGAUACUACAAAUAAGAAAAGAAAGAGUUUAGAAAAAAGUGGACAUAAUUCUUCGAAUGAAAUAAGUGGAACAACAACAAUGACAGAAUACCUAAGUAGGAUACCACCACCUGCACAUCAUAAUACAAAUCAACAGCAACAAAAUGGUUAUUUUGAUUUUGAAAGAUGGAAUUUGCCUCCACCUCCUGCUAAAAUGUUUCCCGGUGCAACAGGUGCUUUCAGUUCACAAUCAACUUUGCAUCAUUCAAAUAAUUUUGUUGGUACUCCAGCACAUCAACAUCAAUCUUUGAUGGUAUCUCAUCAUCAUGCUCCACCUCCUAUUCCAUAUUUCCCUGCUUUUCAUAUUCCACCAAGCCAUCAUCAUUCACACGAAUUUCAGUCUUCUGUUGAGAUUACUCCUAUUGGUUUUGGUGAAAACACAGCAAAUCAAAAUACUAAUUUUAAUCAAGAUAUUAGAGAUGAUCAACCUAAAGUAAUCGUUCCUAACAUUGAAGAAGAAUUAGGUUUUUUACAACAAAAUCAGCAACCAAUUCAAACCAUGAAUAUCUUAAAUAAAGAUUUUAAACAAUCUAAUAAAGAUCCUAAUUCAGGAUUUAUGACAAGUUAUUUGAAAUUUUUACAAGGGGAAAGAGAACCUUCACCUCCACCUGCAAUACGUGGUGGUAGGAAAGCAACUUGGAGCAGGUCAAAACCUUAUAUUCCUGUAGAACCGAAUAGAUCAAUAGAAAGUUCAACAAAUGAAGAAACAGUAAAGAUGCAAUCAGAAAAACCACCUCCACCUAAAGAAACACCAGUAAUUGAUUAUACUAAUGAUCCACGCUAUUUUCCUUUACCCAAAGAACGGAAGAAGCAGAAUUUUGAUUCAAGUGAUGAUGGUUUUACUAGCGAUGACGAUUUUCUAUUUCCGCCUAAAAAAUCAGAUAAAAAAGUAUCAAAUACGAAUACUUCCAAUGUAACAGAAAUAAUAACUAUGAAGCCAGAAGGUAAAUCUAAAAAAGGGAGACCAAUUAAACCUGGAGGACCAACAGAUAGAAAAAGAAGAGCUGCAGCAGCUGCUGCGGCAGCAGAAGCAGCAGCAAUUACCACAAGUGGCAAAAUUUCCAAAAAGCAUGAAGAAGUAGAUCCUUUACUUUUACCUCCAAGGCGUGAAACAUCUAGAAGAAAGGCAAAGGAAAAAACCUCGGUAAAGCAAUUUUUAGAUCGACAACAGGGUAUAGAUUAUUUUGAUAAUGAUGAAGAACAAGGUGAUUCUGAUUCUGAUCCUGCUUGGACGCCCGCUGUAAGAUUAGUUGGAGAUGAGGAAGAAAAAAAGAAAAAACGAGGGAGACCUGUUAUUACUAAAAAAAGUAGAAAAGUUCUGGAAGAAGAUGAUUAUUUUUCCAGUGAUAUUGUUAUUUCAAAGAAGUCUUGUAGAAAAAAACAUGAAACACCAUCCAAAACUUCUAAUGUUACUGGAAAAUUGUCUUGUAAAAUAGACGAAAAACUUUUAGCAUGUAUCAGCGAUGAAGAUAUUGAUAUUUCACCAUUUAAGCAUCUUGAGGAUGAACUAGAUGAUGUGUCAGGGGAAUUUGUCGUAAUCAAGGCAGAUUUAGAUGAAGAAUAUCCUCCACUUUGGAGAAUAGAUGGCAAAACGUUACUGCAAAAAUAUGAGCCAUUUAAAUCUAAUGGCAAGACUUUAUAUCGAAACAUAUCUACGUACUCGGGCUGGGCACCGCAAAAUCGGCAUAUAUAUCAACAAGUUCCAGUAAAAUUUUGGCAACAAGGCAAAACGGAAACUGUAGUAGAGUUCUUGAGAGAUGAAAUGAUUAUUGAUGAUAACGAAUGCAUUGACAAAUCUAUGAAGGACACUGAAAAAUAUCAAGAUAACUUUGAAGUGUAUGUUCAGACAUUGAUUUCACAAGCUUUGGAUUCUAAUUUUCUUACUGAAAUAUUUCAAGAACAAGAUGAUUAUUUCUUAUCAAACGUUAAGACUGUUGAUGAAGUAACAGAAGAAAGGAAACAGCGGUUUUUGUCUACAACAAAAUGGCGUUCAAAUGUGAUAAAUGCAAUAUCAACUUGGCCAUGUCUUAACGUUCUUAAAGAUUUACCAUUUACUGAAUAUAAAGGAAAGUCGUGCGCUGGGUGCCAACAGCAUAAGAUUCAUGCUAGAGUUCUAUUGUAUGGUCAACCAUAUAAUGCAACUACAUUGGAAGGUUCUCCGCCUGACCCAAGGAUACCUCAAGAAAAGGACUUUUUAUUAUGUCGAGUAUGUCAAGCAAAGGUAGCUCUAUACAAUAAAGUAGCACAUCAAAAGUAUUUGACGUUUUUGGAGUGUGCAAGAAGGGUUGCAGAUAAGCGAGUAGAAGAUCCUCUUAAAGAUACCACAAUAAUAUUAAACGAAUUAUUAGCAGAUGAAACAUGGUUAAAUCAAUUAUUUAAGGAAGUUAGGACAAUCUGGGCAGAAAUAGAUAAUUUGGAACAUCAAGCAAAAAUAAAGUCAAGUUCAAGAUCAACAAUAUCUUCCACAGUGAAUAGUGCAGAGGAAACAAAUGAAAGUGUUUCAACAACGCAAUCAUCUGGAAUGACUGCUAAUAUUUCGGAUUCACAGGUGCCUACACAAAAAACCGAAAGGAAUUCUGAAACAGUGUCUUGCGAUGUGCAAAUGAGCAGUAUACCAUCUUAGUGGUGCUACAAUAAUCAAUAUUGGUUUCAUUUUAUACAAUACCUGAAGACCAUUAAACAUUUAGUGGUAUAUCAAUUUAAUGGACAUGAAGUUAAUACCAGUCUUGAGACCAAACAAUUAAGUAUUGUAUUUUGAGGAUGGUAAAUAUUUAAAUUGGGUUAAUACAAUACGCUGUGACACAUGGUGAAGAUGAGUAUUAAUGUGUAAUCAGGAAAUUGCAGUUAUAGUGAUAAAUAGUAGUGAACGACGAGGUAAGUAAAAAGGUGACUUGCGUAUAAACAUCAGACAUAUGUAAAAUAUUCAUCCCCGCGUAAGAAUUAGAAGUGAGCCCGAACUUUGCCAUUGUAAUAGCAUGAUAAUAGAGAUUUACGAAUGUUUGUGUGCAUAGACAUUUAGUUCUAGCAUUUGUAUCGUGAUAAUCUUAUGUAAUAACAAGGUCUGAUACAUUAAGAUCUGAAGAAGAAAGAUGAAAGACAAAUGAUUUUAAAAUAUAAAGUGAUAAGAUAUGAUAUAUAAAACAUCACGACCUUCUGUAAUAUAUUUACAUACAUCACACUCUCUAUACUUAUGAAGGUCUGUUUUCUGCAAAGUGCAGAAACUGUUAUACUGUUUGUUCCUGUAAUUGUAAUUUCUAAAUUCAUUGUGAAUUUUCUUUAUAAAGUAGCUUACAUCUAUCUUUUUUUAAUGAUUUGACAAAUUUUAAGGAUAUUUAUAUGCAUGUUAAUUUGUAUAUAAACAGAUCAUGUAACUACAAAAUUUACACAUAUAAAAUACGUUCAAAAUAUUCAGAAGUGUUCCAAAAUAGCGUUAUCUUAAUAAAAUGUUUCAUGGCGAAUGCAAUAUUUUGAAAACGUGCAUUGUUUUACAUAUAGAAAUCAUUAGAAUUUUGUAGAACAUUUGUAUAUAAAAAUAGUUUUAAGAAGAUUAGGAAUACGUCCUAUGCACUUUUAGUUCAUCAUGUGUUGAUAUGGAAAUUUGAUCAACUACAUGUAUUAUAUCUUCCAUUGUAACAGCUUAAUAAUUCAGUACCAAGUUUCUAAGUUCUUCCAUUCUUCCAUCUUAAAAUAACUUUUACAGAAUAAUUCCAUUCUCAUUUUACGAAAUAUGAACAAAAUAUUAUCAUCAUUUUAGAUCAUUUAUUUUUGUGAAUAAUCUUGUAACUUGCAACAUGCGCAUAUUAUGUAUGAAGUAUGGAUGAAUAUUGCAUAAAAAAUGUAUCUAUUUUCAUAAAAAUUCUGGUAAUAUCAGUGCUUUAAGAUCUCUGAUCUAAUGGGCGAAAUUACAUUUUUUACUACUUAUCCUAUAAUCAGAGUUUACAUCAUAUCUUCCUUUUCAAAUCUUACAUAAUAGUCAAUGAAAAGUAAACAAAUUGUUAAUAAAGAACAUAUAAAAUUGAA